GCCUAAGGACAGCGUACAAUUCUCCCCCUGACUUAUUGGGAAUUAUGCAGCCUAACUUGGUGAGCUGGCUGGGGACUCUGGGGUUCCUGCUGUGGGCGCUGCUCUGCUUGGGCGCCCUGACGGAGGGAUACCCGGUGAAACCGGAGAACCCCGGGGAGGACGCCCCGGCGGAGGAACUGGCCAAAUACUACUCAGCACUGAGACACUACAUCAACCUCAUCACAAGACAGAGGUAUGGGAAGAGGUCCAGCCCUGAGAUUCUGGACACGCUGGUCUCAGAGCUGCUGUUGAAGGAAAGCACAGACACACUUCCACAGUCAAGAUAUGACCCGUCAUUGUGGUGAUGCUGCCAUCAGUGUUGGCUUCACACUUCACUGCCGCCCCGCCGCUGCUGACAUUCUGACCUCUACACAUCUGUCACUUCACACUCUCCUACACCAAGACACCACCCUGCCUCUGCCCCCUUUUACCACCAUGAGCUGCCACUUAUAUUCAACCCCUCCUCCGUAACCAUCAGCUACUGUCAAAACUGCUUACAGUAUGUGCCAUAAAAAUUGUAAAUAGUUUAUUCAGAGUUAUCAUCUGUGAAACCUUAAUGUAAAGUGGGGGAGGGGCAUGUUGAUUGUAUUGUAUAA